AUGCUAGCCCUCCCUGCUCACCCGCCGUUAGCCAUCUCCUCCCCUGUGAAGCUACCGGCCGGAGACAAGUCGCACUCCACAGAAACACCGGAGACCUUCGACCCCACAGAUAAGGCACCCAAUCCAAAGAUGACAGAUGGAUUAGGUUUGGAAUGCCAAGUUUGUGGCUUUGUGGGAUUGGAUGAUGGCUCUGAUGGUUUCUUUUACUGUCAAAGAUGCGGUUCUCAAGCUGAUGGAAUCAGGGAUACAGCUGUUGAUGAUGAUGAGAUGCUUUUAACAAAGGAAAAUUUUUGGGAAACUUUAAGGACCCAAGAGAAUGAUGAUGAUGAUGAUGAUGGGGUGGGUCCCACUGAGCCUAUUGAUUUUGGGAGAGGGCCAAGAACAUUGAGUUAUGAAGAUUACUAUUCAGAAAUUAGGAUGAGGUAUGUAAUGGGAGUGCAGAUCAUGAUCGAGUUGCAAGUUAAGGCUUUGGUUGAAAAAUUCAACGUGUGUCCUAUAAUUGUUGAUAUGGUGGAGCCCAUUUGGUUAAGAUUUGUGGCAUCCACUAAGCUUUUCAGUGAUGAUUGGGCUGAUGAGGUUAUUAAUGAAUCAGAAUCUCAAGUACAAGGGGAAACAGAAGCUGUUGCACCAAAUGCCAAACACAAAUCCGAACCUCAUAACAUACUCGGAAAACGAUCCGUAAUGAUAUGGUAUAGAUCCGUAAGCAAAACAAUACCCUUACCAUAUUCUUUAGCCAUUUCUUUUUUACUCUGCCACCUGGCACGAGAGCCAAUUCUAUCAACUGAUAUAGCAAAAUGGACACUCGAAGGAAAACUUCCGUAUUUCACAGCCUUUCUUGAAAUAGAAAAACAAAUCGGAUCCCCAACUAACGCGUGUCCAUUAAGUUCAAGUCGUAUGUUCAGACCAUUACAUUGUAUUUCUAUUCAGAAGCUGGAAUCAUUAGCUGCUUCAAUUGCUCAUUCCAUUGGAUUGGAAUUACCUCCGGUCAACUUCUAUGGAAUUGCUGCCCGGUAUCUCGGGCAGCUGUCUCUUCCAGUUGAGACCAUUCUCCCUCAUGCUUCCCGGAUUUAUGAGUGGUCAAUGCCACCCGAGCUUUGGUUGUCUGGAAAUGAAUUCCGGCUUCCUACACGUGCUUGUGUGUUGUCUAUUCUUAUUUUUUCAAUUAGGAGUCUUUAUAAGAUACAUGGUUUUGGGAAGUGGGAAAAGGGUUUGGCGAAGAGAAAAGACGGAAAGGAAUCUAAGAUUUUGGAUAAAACAGCGGAAUCGGAAUCGGAAUCAGAAUCAGAAUGCAAGAUGUCGUCUCUUUCUAAUAAUCUUGUUUCCGAGAGUUAUGAUAAGCGACUACCGAAACAAUCGAACUUGGAUGCUACAGAGAUUUUACUUUUGCUCGAGUCAAAAUACAGUCAACUCAUUGAUACAAGUGUUGAUGGUAGGGAUCUUGAAACGUAUCUUGAAUAUUGCAAGAAUGUGGUGUUUGCUGGUGUGGAAUUGUCAUUUGAGGAUCAUGAAGAAGAUCAGAUAAUAGAAGAUCUUUGGAAUUAUUAUCAUAAAGAAGAGGAGGAUCACAAGCCAUCAUGUCCAAGCUCUAAUUGUGGUUCCCACAAGAGACCUCUUGAUUUUUCCGAAACCAACGUGAAGAAGCUCAAGAAAUCUAAAGAUGACAAUGAUGACAAAAUUAGCAAUGAGACCCAAAAAGAAAAGGCAAUAAGACGAAUGAUAUCAAAUAUGGAAGAAAAAAGAUUUUGUUAUAUUCCUCCAAGGACUAAAAUUAAAAGACCCGAUGAUUAUUUACAUUAUACAAGGAAAAAAGAUGAUGGAAACUAUACUUAUGCUUCACAUGCGGAUUAUUAUAUUUUAUUAAGAUCAUGUGCAAGAGUGGGUCGACUCGAUGUUAGGGUUAUGCAUGGUGCAGUGUUGAGUUUUGAGAGGCAAUUGGCAUGGCUUGAGAAAAAUAUUGAUCAAUGCGUGAAAGAAAUGCCUAGUUUUCAAGUGUCUUGUGAGCUUUGUCCACAAGAUGAUAUGAAUGGUAGCGCCACUGCCGGAGACCUAAACACCCCCAACCUUCUCAGGAAACUCUCAUUCAUCUCUCUAGUCCUAGAAAUUAUCAAGAUCGUUGGGCUUUUUGCUAUUGAGAUGUGCUUACUGUAUGGACGUGAAAUCUAA